CGCAUAUCAACUAUGUGGCUUUAGUUCUUGUGUGGCUGUUGAACUUGUAAGAUCAUUGUUUUUAAUACAAGAUCAAGAAUUGAGCUGUUAAUUUAGUUUUUUUAUUUGGUCCCCUCAUCAUUGGUGCUUUUUCCAUGUGUCAAAAUAUUAAUUGUGAAUUUUUUAUCUGUAUUGUGAAGUGAAGCAAUUGGAGAAAAAAAUUACAAAAUUAAAAAAAAAUGUUUUUCUAUAGGGUGAUACUGUUAUCCAUACUGUGUGGAACAAUUGCAGUAUGUUUAGCCGAUGAAAAUUCAAAAGAUGUCACUGAUGAUCAAGUUGCAAUGGCAUCAGAAAAUAUUGCUCCAUCAUCAACAGAAUUUGAAGAACCAAUUACGGAAACAAACUCGUCAACAGAAUUACCAGAGCUUGACGAGACAACUGAUAUUCAUUAUGAAAAUUCCAACGGAUUCAUUCCAAUGAUUUCAUCACAAAAAUUUCUCUCCAGUGAAUUAUUGAUUAAUUCAACAAAUACAACAAUUGAUGAAGAUACAACUGAAUCACCAAUUAUAUCAUUAUCAGAUUAUGAUAAUAAUGUUGAAAAUAAUCCAGCAUUUUUUACUGAAGCAAGAAUAUUAUUAAAUAUAUCACAAACAGAAGCAGAUCGUCGUUCGUAUGAUUCACAAGAUGGACAAAAAGAAUUUGAAUUAUUAAAAGUUAAUAAACAAACACCAAAAAUUGCAAAUUAUCAUGAAUUUUAUGAAAAUAUGCAGAGUAAUUUAAAUCAAGCUAGUAAUACUAAAUUAAUAAUUGAUGAAAAUAAAAAAUAUACAAACAAUUUGCGUACAAAAAAUCGAAUAAAACAAAUAAAUGAUUAUUUGAGUGAUGAUUUUGAUCAAGAUAGAGAUAAUACACAAGUAUAUUCACAUUAUUAUACAAAUAAAAAUAAUAAACCAAUAACAACAACAACAGUAACAACAACGACUGAAGCAAUUUUUGAACCGGAGAAAGUUAAUCAUAAUUAUCCACAACAUACAGCAUCAAAAUAUGGUAUUUUUGGUGAAAGCGUUACUCGUCAAAAAACAUCUAGUUUACCAAAUAUAAAUUAUGAUAAUUCAAAUGAUUAUUUAAGAGAUAAUAAAAAAAAUCAACAAUUUAGUCUAAAGCCAGUUGUUGUUAUUGAGCCAAGUGAUUAUAAAGUUGAUGUUAAAUAUAAUAAUCAACAAUCUAUUGGUCAAGUAUCAACAAUGAAUCCUUAUGAUAAUCAAAAAAAAAUAAAUGAUGAAUCAGAAGAUCGUUAUGAUAAAAAUGAAGAUGGAUCAAAUGAGAGUUCUGAUUAUUUAGAAAUAACUGAAAGACCAAAAAAAAUAUAUAAAAGUCGAAGACGUCCAUAUACUUCUGAAAAUUCAAGAAGACUUGUUAAGGAACAUCGUGGAAAUGGUGAUGGUAGUAGUAGUGGUAGUGAUGUUGAUGAUACAAAAAAAAUUAAUUCAUCAUCAUCAAAAAUAAAAUCACAUAGAUCACGAGCCAAGCCAAAUUAUUGGACAGAUAAUGAACAAAAUAAUAAUCAAGAAAAUCAAUCAAAAGGAGAUGAUAAUAAUAAAAAUAUUGAAUCACAAAAUAAUGAAAAUUCAUGGAAUCAAGUUGGACAAAAUAUUGAACUUUCACAGUCAAAUAGUUAUCAAUUAAAUCAAAAUAAUAAACCAAAUGUUUUAGUACCAGUUAAUUUAAAUCUUGUACCAUUGACAAAUUUUGAUCAUUCAACUGCAAUUGGUACUAGUCAAGGUUUUGAUAUAUCAAAUGCUGGAGUACAAAAUUAUAUAACAGCUGGUCCAAUUGUUAGUACAGCAUCACCAUUAAUAAGUACUGGUCCACCAAAUCAAUCAUUACAAAAUUCAGCUAAAAAUUAUCAUCAAUAUUCAACACCAAUUCCAGAAAUAAUUGUUGGACAAAGUACAUAUCAAAAUCCUUUACAAGCUGUAUUUUUACAAAAUAAAUAUCCUCAAAAUAAUAAUAUUAAAACACAAUAUUUUCAAAGUACUGUUGCACCAGUAUUUACUGUAUCACAAAGUACCAUUGCACCAAAAACAUCAAAUCAAGAUAAUUCACAAGUUCAUCAUUUACUUGUUUCACAACCAACAUUGCAAUCAAUACUUCAGUCACCCUUGAAUGGAUACAAUAAUAAUAUUUUAGUAAAUACACGAGGUUUAAAUGGACAAAAUCAACAAACACCAAUACAAAAUAAUAAUAAUGCUCAAACUGUAUCAAGUGAAAUAGAAAAUUCAUCAAAAAAAACAACUUUCACACCAACAACAAAUAAUUAUUUAACAUCAGCAAGUUAUUCCGUAAAUAAUAAUAUACCAGCAUCAAGUAAUAUACAUAAUGUCAUUGCACAGAGUCAAAAUAAUCAACAAUUUCAACAACUAUUUCCUGCAUUAAUACAACAACAACAACAACAACAAUCAACAAAUUUUCAACCCACUUAUGCUGGACAAUAUAAUGGUAAUGCAAUACUUGGAAAUACCUGGACACAACUUCAACAAUUACAAACACCAAUAGAACAAAAUAAAAAUUUUAAACCACAAUUUCAUACUUUAAUUCGUAGCAAUGAUAAUUUAGGAAGUACAAGUAAUAAUAAUAUUAAUACAUAUAAUGCAAUACAAAAUACAAAUAAAGAUUCACAAUUACCAGUUGUUGGUAUGCAAACAGUACAAAUACAAAAUCCAAAUUUCAAUGCAUUUAAUCAAUAUCAAGGUGCAGUAUUGACAACACCAAUACCAAUAUUAACAAGUACAACACCUGAUUCAAUUAAUAUACAUAGCUAUGUUGAUUCAUUAACACAUAUUGGUGCACAAAGUAAUAAUAAUAAUAAUCAAUGGCGUACAUAUGCAGCUGAUCGUCCAGCAUAUAAUCCAAUGAAUUUUGUACCAAGUACUGAACUUGUUGAUAGUCAAAUAAUGCUCAAUAGUAAAGCACAUGUACCUGAUGCUCUUUCACAUAAUUUAAAUCUUGUUCCAGCUAUACCAGGUGGUAAUUUUUAUAAAAAUACACCAACAGCACAAAUGGAUUUAAUUAAAAAACCAAAAUUAAGUACAGAUUUAGAAAAAUAUGCUGAAGAAAUGUUUAAAGAAUCAUUAAGAACAAUAUAUAAUACUCAUAAAUGGAAUAGUGAUAAAAAAAUUCGUAAUUUAACUGUUGCUGAUAUUGCUGAAUUAAAAAGACUUAAAGAUGAAUUAGAUAGAAUUAAAUCAAAUAUGGUAAAAUCAAAAAAUAUUAAAGAAAUUAUUGAAGGACAUCAUUCAGAAACAAAUGUACAAACAGUUGAUCCUGGUCCAUUAAAUAAACGACCUGGUAUAACUGUAUCAGAACUUGAACAAUUAUUUAAAACAGAAUUUAACAAUAAUGAUUUAUCAAAUAAUAAUGAUAAUAAUAAUAUUAAAAUAAAUGAUUAUUUAACACCACCAAAGGUCAAUUCAUUUGUGUCAAAAAAUCCAUUUUUAGAUAAUGAUAAUAAUAAUAAUAAAAUUAAAAAGCAAGUUAAAAAAAGACCAAUUAUAAAAGGCACAAGAAUUGAAAAUAAUAAAUUAAGACCACAUAAUAGACCACAUGGUAAACGUCCAAUUAGUGGUGGUAUUGAAACAGCAGCAAGUAGUCAUUCAACUCAUUUACAUAGACGACCAUUUAAAAAUGAAAAUAACAGUGGCCGAAAAGAAAUAAUAAAUUAUAAUAAUUAUCCAACAUUUACAACAUCAUCACCUGAUUUAUUAUACAAUCAUCAUGAUGAUUAUAAAUAUUCAAAAAACGAUGAAUUAGAUUUUGAUAGUCCUAAAUUACAUAAUUUACUUGGUCUACUUAUGAAAAAUAAACAACUACCAAGAGGUGCUAGUUCAUCACUUUAUCGAGAUAAUGAUGAUAUUGAAAAAUAUCUUGAUGAUGAACAACGUCGUGCUGGAUAUGAAUUUAAUAAUGAUAAAAUUAAAAAUAUUCAAAAAAAUAUAAAUUCUCAACCGUAUUUAAUUACAUAUUAUUAA